AAGUUAUUCGAAAGGAUUCAGUCUGGUGUUUUUUUUGAGGAGUAAUGGAACAAAUCCAGUGAUUCAUUUACCUCGAUGUGCUUUUGUAAGCCAUGGCUCAGACUGAGAAGAAAGCAGGUCUGCUGAGGAGAACGUCCUCUAAGAAACCACUGAAGGAGAAGGUGGUGCUCAUGUAUGAUGAGAUAUUUGCGAAAGAAGACCCUACUAAGAAUAAUCCUCGCUUCUGGGAUGAGCUCUUUUUGAUGAAGGUGAAUCUUGAGUAUCUGGAAGGGAAAUUGGAGUCUCUGGAUGGAGAUGAAGUGGUGAAAAUCAAAGAAAAUAUCAACAGUUUGUUCCAUCACUGUGUUCAAGCCCUGGGUGAAGAGCACCAGAUCAAAGUAGUCAAUGCACUUCAGACGCUGUGUGCACUGUUUCGAGGAGUUCACCAAAAAAACAAAUCUGCCACAGGUUUUGACAUCAUCAACAUGCUGAUGGGCUUCGACAAAGCUGAGCUCAGAAUGAAGGAGCUGAUGGAGAGUCUGGAUAGUCUGUUGUGUGGUGACGGAUCGGAGAGUCUGAAGAGUUUAUGUUUGAAGCUGCUGCUGUGUCUGGUCACUGUGACAGAUAAUAUCAGUCAGAACACCAUACUGGAGUAUGUGAUGAUCAACAGUAUAUUUGAGGCCAUUCUACAGAUAAUGUCUGAUGUGUCCAGUCGAGCGCAGCAUGGUUAUGAUUCUGUGGUCCUUUUAGCCCUCCUGGUCAACUACAGGAAGUAUGAGUCUGUGAAUCCUUACAUUGUGAAACUGUCAAUAGUGGACGACGAGCCAACUUUAGAUGGCAUGGGAAUGGUCAUCCACCAUGCACUUACGGAGUACAAUAGGCAGUAUAAAGACAAAGAGGAGGAAAACCAGGGAGGGUUUUUCUCCACUCUUACCAGCAUGGUGGGCAGCAUGUUUAUUGCUGAUGCAGACGAAAAACUCUCAGUGCAGACUAAUGAAGCCAUCCUGCUCGCUCUGUAUGAGGCCGUACAUCUCAACAGAAACUUCAUCACGGUUCUUGCACAGAGCCAUCCAGAGAUUGACAUGACAGCAACACCCGUUAUGCCUGUCCCAGCCUCUCCUACAACUCCACUAGGCACUACACCACCCUCUCUGGACAUGAUGAAUAAUCCUGAGCUUCCUCUGGACCCAAACUUGCAGACGAGCAAUCUUCUUAUAACCUUCCUCAAAUAUUCCUCCAUCGUCAUGCAGGACACCAAAGAUGAGCACAGACUCAACAGUGCCCGACUGUGCCUCAUCAUUCUGACCUGCAUAGCCGAGGACCAAUAUGCCGAUGCCUUUCUUCACGAUGAUAACAUGAACUUCAGAGUCAACUUGCACAGAAUGCCCAUGAGACAUCGCAAGAAAGCUGCAGAUAAGAGCAUCCCCUCUCGACCUUUAGUGUGUGCAGUGCUGGAUCUGAUGGUAGAGUUCAUCAUCACUCAUAUGAUGAAGGAAUUUCCCAUAGAUCUCUACAUGCGCUGCAUUCAGAUUAUUCACAAACUGAUCUGCUACCAGAAGAAGUGCAGAGUUAGACUGCAUUAUACCUGGACAGAACUCUGGUCAGCUCUCAUUAACCUUCUAAAGUUCCUGCUGUCUAAUGAGACUAGCCUUCUGGCAAAACACAAUAUCUUCCAGCUGGCACUUCAGGUUGUGAACCUCUUUAACAUGUUCAUCACGUAUGGAGACACGUUUCUGCCCACCCCCAGCAGUUAUGAUGAGCUUUAUUAUGAGAUUAUUCGCAUGCAUCAGGUGUUUGAUAACCUCUACUGCAUGGUGCUGAGGGUCUCCACCAACACAGGCCAGUGGAAGGAGCCCGCAAGUAAAGUUACUCAUGCUCUCAUCAAUGUUAGAGCAAUUAUUAAUCACUUCAACCCUAAGAUUGAGUCCUAUGCUGCUGUGAACCAUAUAUCCCAGCUUUCAGAAGAUCAGGUGCUGGAAGUGGUACGGUCAAACUACGACACGCUAACUUUGAAGUUGCAGGAUGGUCUAGAUCAAUUUGAGCGUUACUCUGAGCAGCCCAAAGAAGCCACCUUCUUCAAGGAGCUGGUGCGCUCCAUCAGUCUGAAUGUGAGAAAGAACGUGUCACUAAACACCGUGAGUCAGGACAUCCUGCUGAAGGAAUUCUCCUCUAUAUCCUGAAAGAACAGGAACUCUCACCUGUGUUUAGGACUCUUCCAUACUGACACAUCUGCAUAAUGCCCCACACAUCUGAGGCUUUUCAAUGUUAAACAGACUUUACAGUGGACUAUACUGGAUUUGAUCCCCAGGCUGUAUUAUAGAUGAAGUAUGUGUGUGAUUUCAGAACAGACUUGUAUUCUCUCAACAAAGCAAUCAGCCAAACUUUGCACAAUGAUUGUGCAAAGAAUUUUGAUUUCGACUACCCAGUAUUUCCUUUUCCUGUCUUUUUCCUUUUCUUGACGGCCUGAUGCUUUUUCUGUUGAUUAUACUGUAUGCCAUGUUCUCACUGCCUUAGUAUCAAGCUGAUGAAACCCAAUGUGCUCGCACAUGAUAGCCAGACUUAUUUUCUUUAUUUUCUAAAAACAUAAGAGAAUGUUUGGGUUCCGGUAAAGUGAAUGCAGACAAAUUAAUAACAAAUUCACAAAGAAAUGUCUACCCUAUUUAACACAAAAUCAAUAGGAAGAAAUAAGCAAUUAUGUUUUGCAUAAAGAAAAUAAAGACUAUUUCAGAACCAUAAAGAUUUGUUGCAUUUUGACAUGAUUUUCAUGAGAAUUAUGGAAAAUCUUCCCCAAAAUUCUCAUUACUGCAAUGCAAUGCAAAAAAACAAAAAAAAAAAAUAUAUAUAUAUAUAUAUAUAUAUAUAUAUAUCUUAUUAUUGUAAUAUAGUCCUUUCCAGAUGUCCAGACACCAUUUUUUAAAAUUCAAAUCGGCAUAUAUUAAAUUGAGUACUACAAAUACUACCAUGAUGUUAAAAUAAAAUUGAAUGUACUUUGCAUUUUUAAUCAUAUAUUUUGAUAACACUUCAAAAAAGGCUGUAUUAGUUUACAUGAGUUAACACAUUAGAUAUCAUGAACUAACAAUGAAUAAUACUUUUACAGCAUUUAUUAAUUAUGGUUAAUGUUAAUUUCUAUAUAUGCUGAUAUAUUUUUACAAUACAAGUUGUAUACAUUAACAUUAAACAAUAUAAACUAACAAGAACAAACAAUGUACAAUAGUAUUUUGAAUAAUUAACUAAGAUUAAUAAAUGCUGUCAAAACAUUGUUCAUUGUUAGUUCAUGAUAUCUCACGCCUUCACUAAUAUAAAACAAUAGAACCUUAUUGUUAAGUGUUAUCUAUAUUCUUUCGAAGUACGGUAAUGAUAAGUUGUUGUUAUAAAAAUAAUGUCACAAUGCAAAAAAAAUCUUAAUGGUCCUAAAAAUAGACUUCGCUUCUUUAUGCAAAAUAGAAUAUCUUAUUUAUUCCUCUUGAUUUUGGAGUGAAAUAUGACCUGAAGAUUUAUUUACAGCUUUUGUGAGAUUAACCUUGCACUCAUUUUUAAAACUGACAGUGUCUUGAUUUUUCUUUUCCUCUCAGUAUUUCCCAGUAUUGCCGAAAGUUUCAGUACAUUAACAUGAAAACAUUGUACAGGGUUGCAGUGGACAAAGUAGACUGUAUAUUAAGUGCAACACUGGGUAAAGAAAAACAAAUGUAUUUGACAUCAAAUGAAGCCUCACUGAAACCUAAUUUGUAAGAAAUCCCACUGUCUAUGCUGGUUUAAAUUUUUGUUCAGGUUUGAAAUUUGAGCAUUACAGAAUCCAAACCAGUUCUACUAAUAAGUCAGUUUAAACCAGCACAUGGAGAAUAACUGAAUAAACAAAUACAUUUCAAAGACAUUCUUUGUAAACUCUCGCUGGCUUUAGUUCUAGAUGAGUAUUUGGCUUCCUUCGCCUUAGUAUUCUUAUUUAUGAGUGUUUCCUAAUUAAAUCUUAUUUUGUACAACA